CUUUCUUCCUUUUCCAUACACCUUCUGUCAGAAUAUAUGUAUUAGAUGAGUGAAUGGUUUAAUCAGCAGUUUAUCUAUUCUUGUGGGCCAAUAGUGACUGGUGGAGGAAACCAAAUGCUUAAUUCAUGGAUGUGAUAUCAGCAUUAUUUUUACAUUGUACAUCACUAGUUCAGAGUUCGGACAAGUUCUGGUGCCCUCUGAUUGUAAAAGUUUCUCUGAAGCUGGUCCUUCGUAAUGCCAAAGUUACCUUUUCUCUGGCUUCUUCUUUGAUCAAUUGAGAGAUCUGAAUGUAUCUUCAGAGCUGUUUAACUCUUAAUGCAUUUGAUUGAUUCUUUACAAAGUGCUUUGUGGGUUGCUGCAGUUGUUUUCUGUUAGCAGCAGUGGUUUUUUAACCACGAGAUGUCAUGCUAAUAUAGGCCAGUUGGAAGAUUUAUCAAUUGAGAUAUUUGAGCCAGUUUGUUCAGGCAGUUGUUUCUGAGUUUGUUCCUUUCACUGUUUGGGAAGAUCUCAUGUUAAGGAAUGGAAAGGUGUUUAAAGAAUUUCACUUUCUGAUUUGGUGAAGUGUUAACUUACCAUAUCGGUAGUGUGCCAUCUGAGUGAAUUGAUUGAUGUGUUGCAAGAUUUGAAAGGUGUCAAAAGAAUUUAUGAUUUGAUGAAGUGUUAACUUACCAUACAAUAGCGUGUCAUCUGAGUGAGUUGAUUGAUGUAUUUGCAACAUCAAAUUUGCCAAUGAUCACGUGAAAGAAACCGUUUUGUUUCAUCUGUUAUUGUUUGGUUGCAUUUCACUGGUAACACGGUUUUCUUUAGGAUGUAAGAUGAAGAUUUUACUAUUUGCUGAAUAUUUUGCAUGUCCGAUGUAUGAAAAUUUACCAGUAUGGAUUACUUUGGUCAUGGUAGAUUGUGACUCAUAAUACAAAGAUCACAGUGAGAUGUCUGGAUGAGUAACAUGGUGUUUACAUCAUCGUACAUUCUGUUGCUAUCAGAUCAUGCUGGAGAGAGAUACUGGCCGUCCUCGUGGAUUUGGAUUCGUUACAUUCUCUGAUCCACAUGCAGUGGAGGAUGCUAUCAGUGAGAUGCAUGAGCGUGAGCUGGAUGGACGUGUCAUUUCAGUGAAUAAGGCUCAGCCUAAGAUGACCACAGAUGACUCUGCCUAUGGAUAUAAUGGUGGGAGAUACACAUCGGGAGGUAGAGGUGAUUACCGUGGUGGCGAUGGGCCACCACCUGCAGGGCGGUCUGAUGAGUGCUUCAAGUGUGGUCGACUUGGACACUGGGCACGUGAUUGUCCUUUGGCUGGGGGAGGCAGUGAUGGUCGUUUCUCUUCUCGCCCCAAGUUUGGUGGUGGUCGUGGCCGUGGGGAUCGUAUUGGGGGACCAGAUCGCUUCAAUGACCGUUAUGAUGGAGGCCGUUAUGGGAACCGAGAUCGUAUUGACAGCAGGGACAGUCGUUAUAGUGGUGGUCGUGAUCGAUUUGACAAUGACUCUGAUCAUGAUCGAUAUGGGCCUCCUAGGGAUCGCUUUUCUGGUGAUAGGUAUGGAGAGCAUCCUGACCGUUACCCACAGAAUGGAUACAGCAGGGAGAGAAGCUAUGAUAGGGAUGGUCCUCGUGGUGGUGGUGGUGGUGGUGGCUAUAGUAGAGAUGGAGGGCCAAGAGGUGUCAGUGGCUAUGAGAGGGAUGGACCACGUGGUGGUGGCGGCAGCGGAAGAUAUGGGGCUGGUGGGCCUGCACGUUAUGAUGGCAGUGGAAGUUUCAGGGACAGGCCUGGGCCUUAUGAUCGACCAACUAGGGGUGGGCGCCCAUCAUCCUAUGAUGCUGGCUAUUGAUGUUCACGGUUUAAGACUUUAUGCAUAUUUUAGGGUUGCUUGUGGAACAUAGCAGUGAUGUUAACUGUGUAAAGAUCAAGUCUGGCCAUUUGCUGUGGACCCUACAGAAUUCAUCUUGAAAAUUUUAGCUCUGUGAUCCAUUGUGCAUUAUCUGCACAACCUAAUAUGCUUUUAUCUGGUGGAUUUUUAGUUGCUAA